CUUUAAGGCGAGCAGAGCGCCCAGGAGCAUGGCACAGCGCUGCUGAAUGGGACGGAAACGAGCAGCGCGUGGCUUCGGAGCGUCCCCGGAGACCCGCGCGCCUCGCCGGCUGCAGGAGAGUCCCAGGAGCACGACCCCGCUCCGCUCCUCAGCACCGGCUCCCAAGCACAACACAAGAGCAUCUUGGAGGAUUUGCCUAAGCAGACAAAAGCUUUGCCAUGGCAGAGCUUGCUAUGGAGAAUAGCAGCUGCAUGGACUGGCAGAAACGAUGCCUCGCAUUGGAAACCCAGCUCUUCAAAUUCCGUCUUCAGGCUAGCAAGAUCCGAGAGUUACUAGCUGAGAAGAUGCAGGAGCUGGAGCAGAGAGUAAUCAAGGCAGAGCAGAGGGCAGAGAAUGCAGAGAAACAGGUCAGAGUCACGGAAGAGAAGGUGAAAUUGGCCAGUAUGAAAACCAGCGAAUCAGAGAGUACCCUAUACAGAAAAUACCAAGAGCUGCUGGGCACAGUGCAAGGAAAGGAUGAUCUGAUCGGCAGACUGGAAACGCAGCUGGAGAAACAGAAGCAGCUGAGGGCUGAGGAAGCUAAAAUUGUUCAAGACAAAGCUGCCAAGAUCAAGGAGUGGGUAACAUUUAAGCUAAGAGAGCUUGAGCUAGAAAAUUACCACCUGAAAAACCAUAAUCAGAGGCUGACAGAGCAAAUUGAAGCUCUUCAGGAUGCAUUACAAGAUCUAACAACCAUCCCUCCUAUUGAAUCUAUUUGGAGCUAUAACCCUUUGGUGCCCAAAAUGUUAUUGUCAACCUUGCUUGAGAAACCAGACCAGAAGUCCAUGUUCCUUGGGACGGGUGUCAAACAGGAGUGUCCAGGAAGAGCUGCUAAAGGUGUUCCCCCUACACCAGGUAUGACCCUUGUUGAUGAAGCCUCCAUUGCAGAAGAAGACAAUAAAUCCUUGCCCUCACAGAACAUGCUCAGGGUCAUCCCUGACCCAUCAAACUGGAAGCCCUCUUUAGAGAAAGAUACGUUCCCUACUGUAAUCUCUGACACUAGCUCAGGGUGCCCUGAUCCCACACUACUGGACCUCACCAUUGAGUCCACAAGUGUCCUUGAAGCCCUGGCUUUCCAGUCUUCCUUGGGGGGGAACCAGAAUUCUCUUAGCACCUCAGAUCAGAUGGCAUCAGAGCUGGGAAACUCCUCAGAUGAGCUGAGUGCCAAGUUCCGCUCCCACAGGCUGGACUCGCCUUCCUCAGGGGAGAUGAUGAGUACCCCUGAUGGCUGUCUCCCAACUGCAGAGCCAACACUGGAUUUGCCAUCACACGUUACUUCAGCACAGCCAAGCUUUCCAGGGAGAGAAUGUGGACUAGGCAAUAGUCUGACUCUCCCAAAAAUCCGGACACCCAGCACCCCAAGAGACAGUAUCCAGCUAGCAAAGAGACAUUACAGCCAACCCCAGCCAGGUGCUGAUUGCUUCCAUCAUGUAAUGAGCAUAGAGGUUGGCACCUUCCAGCCCAUAACAACACUGUGUCCUGCACAAGUGGAGGAGACAGACAUUGAUGAUGAUGAGCUGCCAGAGAAGAUGGAGACAGAUGGAUGUCCAGUGGGGGAAGAGACUGGGAUGGGUGUGAAGAUUGAUCAGCAUCCUGGUUCAGGCAAAAAUGAAGCUGGGAAUUCUGAAGCUGGACCACUAGACCCAGGAGGCAAACCUCCUACUCCACCACUGCACAGGUUCCCAUCCUGGGAGAGUCGGAUCUAUGCAGUAGCCAAGUCUGGCAUGAGACUGUCGGAGGUGGCCCUCAGGACUGACUCUCCCAGCCGGAUUUUGAAUUUUCCAUCAUAUUCAGCUUCUGGGCCAUUUACUUGCCUUAUCUACAGAAAUGUCACGGUUCCAGUCUACACCACGCUGAAGGGGAAAGCCACCCAGAUCAGCAACGUUCCUUUCUUAGAUGAGUCCUCAGGCUCUGAUGAUGACUGCAGCUCCCAUGCCAGCUUCAGGACCUCCAACGGUGGAUCUGAGAUUAGAAAGACUAGCAUUCCAGGCAGCCCUCGUGCUGUGAAACGAGGUGUGUCUAUGUCCUCACUGAGCUCAGAGAGUGAUUAUGCCAUCCCUCCUGAUGCCUACUCCCUGGAUGGUGACUAUUCAGAGCCAGAGCACAAGCUGCAGCGGACAUCUUCCUAUUCCGCCGAUGGUGGAGUCUGCAGUGAGCCCAUGGAGAAAUCUGGCUAUUUGCUGAAAAUGGGCAGCCAGGUGAAGACAUGGAAGAGACGUUGGUUUGUUCUGAGAAAUGGACAAAUCAUGUACUACAAGUCUCCAAGCGAUGUUAUCCGCAAGCCUCAGGGGCAGGUUGAGCUGAAUUAUUCUUGCCAGAUCAUUCGGGGUGAAGGGUCCCAGACAUUUCAGCUCAUCACUGAAAAGAGGACCUACUUCCUGACAGCAGACUCUCCCAACAUCCUGGAAGAAUGGAUCCAUGUUCUGCAGAGUGUUCUCAAGGUGCAGGUGACCGGCUCUGCUGCUGUCCCUCAGAAUGAUGCCAAACCUACUGUGAAAGGCUGGCUCACCAAGGUGAAACAUGGUCACUCUAAGUUGGUUUGGUGCGCACUGAUUGGGAAAACCUUUUACUACUAUCGAAAUAAUGAGGACAAGUGUCCUCUGGGGCAUUUGCACAUACGCAAGUCAAAGGUGGAGGAGGUGGACCGUUCCUGUGACUCGGAUGAAGAUUAUGAAGCCACUGCAGGGGGUCUCCUCUCAUCCCAUUACACCCUGGUGAUUCACCCGCAGGAUCAGAGUCCCACCUACUUACUCAUUGGUACCAAACACGAGAAGGAUACAUGGCUGUACCAUCUGACAGUAGCAGCUGGCAGCAGCAGUGCCAAGGUGGGCACAGCAUAUGAACAGUUAAUUGGAAAAUUACUGGAUGCAGAAGGAGACCCACAAUCUCCUUUGUGGAAACACCCCAUGCUGUGCUACAGUAAGGAUGGACUGCACACCUCACUCACUACUCUGCCAUCAGAGGCACUGCAGACAGAAGCCCUCAAGCUCUUCAAGUCCUGUCAGCUGUUCAUCAAUGUCCCUGUGGAGGCUCCAUCUAUUGAUUACCAUGUGUCCCUUGCCCAGACAGCGUUGCAAGUCUGUCUGACACAUACUGAGCUGCAGAAUGAAAUCUACUGCCAACUGGUUAAACAGACUAGCUGCCGGCAGCCCCAGAACCACUCAGUCAUUCAGUGCUGGCAGCUCCUGGCUUUGUGUGCUCCUCUCUUUCUUCCUCAGCACCACUUCCUCUGGUAUAUCAAACAACACCUGCAGCGGCAUGCAGACUCCAGGAGUGAAAUAGGCAAGUAUGCCAUCUACUGUCAGAGGUCUGUGGAGCGCACGUUGCACACUGGAGAGCGGGAAGCCAAGCCUUCGCGAAUGGAAAUUGUGUCCAUUUUGUUGCGGAAUCCCUUCCACCAUUCACUCCCCUUCAGCAUUCCAGUGCACUUCAUGAAUGGAACCUACCAGGUUGUGGGUUUUGAUGGUUCCUCAACAGUGGAUGAAUUCCUCCAGCGGCUGAACCAGGAGACAGGAAUGAGGAAACCAUCCUACACUGGGUUUUCUCUCUUCACAGAUGAUCCUUCUGGCAGGGAUCUGGAGCACUGCCUGCAGGGCAAUGUGAAGAUCUGUGAUGUUAUUUCAAAAUGGGAACAAGCCUUGAAAGAACUGCAUCCUGGGAAAUAUGAAGGUAGCACAAGAAUAGUGAAGCUGACCUAUAAAAGCAGAUUGUAUUUUCGAAACCAGGCAAAAGGUGAGACAGAUAGAGAGCGGUUGCUGCUGGCCUUCCAGGUCAGCAGUGAAAUAGCCAAUGGGAGGUUCCCUGUCAAUAAGGAGCUGGCUCUGGAAAUGGUGGCUUUGAUGGCUCAGGUGGAAUAUGGAGACUUGGAUCGACCAGUAUCCUCAAGCCCUGGGGGUACACCACAGUCCAAAAUGCAACAUCUUCUCCAACAGAUCUUGGACAAAUUCUUUCCCAAAUGUUACAAACAAAACAUUACCCCUGAGCAUCUCAGGCGGUUGGCUGACAAGCUGGCUACAAAGUGGAUGGUGCUGCAGGGAUGCUCUGCACUAGAAUGCAUUAGAAUUUAUUUGACAGUGGCCCGGAAAUGGCCUCUCUUUGGAGCCAAGGUAUUUGCUGCGAAGCCUGUCCUGCCUUCUCCCUUGGAAGAUUGUCUAGUUUGGAUAGCUGUGAAUGAAGAUGGCAUUAGCAUACUGGAUUACAACACUAUGCACUUAAAGCUAUCUUAUGCAUACCCGUCUGUGCUGACCUUUGGAGGCUGUCGAGAUGACUUCAUGAUUGUAGUCAGUCAGGGGAAGGAUAGGAGUUCUGGGAAAAACAGCACUGAAAAACUACUUUUCACAAUGGCAGCUCCAAAGAUUGUUGAGGUGACACUUCUAAUUGCCAGCUAUAUUAACUACUGUGCACUGACUCCCCUCCUGUCUCCUGCACCACCUCCUCUGAGCAUCAUCUCGCCUAUGAGCACAACACCAACUAAAAAGCUCUGGGAGGCUCAAAGCCAGUGUUUCUUUCCUUCCAUGCCCCGUACUACCAAGGGGCCUACACUGCUCUGAGUGCUUGUUCUCAGUGCAUUUGGGUUUCAGUGUUGUUUUUUUGCAAGCCACCCAAUUCUGAGUUAAGGACUGCUGUGAUUUUGCUGUUUAUGUAUCCUCUUUUAAUGCAGACUCCAGUUCUCUCUCCUUAGUGUGGUAUGAAGUAUGUUUAGAGGUAAUAUCCUCUCUUUUCUAAAGACUAGAUGUUGGGUUCUGCUCACAUUUCCUCUCUCUGCUACAUGCUGUCCUAAACAUUGUGGCUAAGGUCAUCUUCUCCUCUUGCUGCUCCAAUCACGUCACUC